AAAGAUGGGAAGCAGAACCCGUACUAUGUGACGCUCUCCCAUUGUUGGGGUAAAGUUCCCUCACCCAAACACUUGGAGGCCAGAUUAACCUCGGAGAACAUCGAACAACGGAAACUAGGCAUGGAGCUGGACGAACUACCAAAGACUUUCCAACAGGCAAUUCAGUUCGCCGCACGACUCCCAAAUGUGGGCUAUAUUUGGAUAGAUACUCUCUGUAUCAAGCAGGGGGAUGAAGAAGAUUGGUUGCACCAAUCCGCACGCAUGGAUCAGGUGUACAAAAAGGCAUUUUUGAACAUUUCUGCGACAGCUGCAUCCAACGGUGAAGAGGGGAUCUUC